CUGAGUUCCCUUCCUAGAAUAGCAGAGUAUAGUAGCAGUAGCAGCAGCAGCAGCUUGUCGCGUGCGUGCCUCUCCGGCGAGGCCGUAACAAUCCACAAACAACAAGCUUUUAAAUUUCUCCUUCGUUUCGCUUCCAAUGGCAUCAAAUAGCCAUUCACCAUCUCUCGAGAUAUUAGUUCGAGGACCAGAGGAUUUCUCGCUCUGGACCGGACCCCCCUUCGCGAACGAUCAACCAAGCGUCAAGCUCGAGAAAGUGAACUGCAUCAAUGCGAAGUUCAGCGACGACGGAUCCAAUCUCAUGGUGACGAAAUCGAACUCGCUGAUUAGCGUGUACGAUUGCAGCACUGCCAAGGAGAUUAGGGUUUUUGAAGUGCCCAAUGUCGUUGCUGCGGCCUUGUCACCCAAAGGAACUUACUUGCAAACCUUCCAGAAGCCUUCGGGGCCGCAGGAGAAGAAUGUAACGCUGUGGAGCAUCGAGACCGGUGCUGCGGUUUACCAGCAGUCGCAGAAGAACAUGACGAAAGCCAAUUGGCCUGCGAUUCAGUUUAGUUCUGAUGAAGCUACUGUGUGUCGGUUGGCCACUAAUGAGGUACAAUUUUUUGAUACUGGGGAUUUUUCGAAGGGAGUUGUCUGUCGGUUGAGAGUUCAGGGAGUUGCUGCUGCUGAGCUUUCUAGUUUACCGGGAUCUCAUGUAGCUGCAUUUGUUCCAGAAUCCAAGGGGAUUCCUGCUAGUGUACAGAUAUUUGCUUGUGGAAAUGCGUCUCAAAGUCAACCUGUUGCUCGACGUAGUUUUUUCCGAUGUUCAACCACCCAACUUAAAUGGAAUCAUGGCUCAACUGGGCUUCUAGUGGUGGUGCAGUCAGACGUUGACAAAACUAAUCAGAGUUACUAUGGAGAAUCAAAAUUAUGCUAUCUGACCACAGAUGGGAUGCAUGAAGGACUUGUGCCUCUUCGGAAAGAUGGGCCCAUUCAUGAUGCUCAGUGGUCAUAUUCUGGCCUGGAAUUUGCUGUUGUAUAUGGGUUUAUGCCUGCUAAAGCAACUCUGUUUGACAAGAAGUGCAAUCCUCUACUAGAGCUUGGAACUGGUCCUUACAACACUAUUCGCUGGAACCCAAAAGGGAAAUUUUUGUGUUUGGCUGGCUUUGGUAACUUGCCUGGUGAUAUGGUAUUUUGGGAUUACAUAGAUAAGAAACAACUUGGAGCCACUAAGGCUGAAUGGUCUGUGACUAGUGAAUGGUCUCCGGAUGGGUGUUAUUUCAUGACAGCUACAACAGCUCCAAGGCUUCAAGUUGACAAUGGGAUCAAGAUUUUUCACUACAAUGGGUCAUUAUACUUCAAAAAGAUGUUUGAUAAAUUGUACCAGGCUGAUUGGAAACCAGAGUCACCCAGUAAGUUUGGUGAUAUUGCUGAAUUAAUUAAGUCUCUAAAUUUGGUACAACUUGAAGAUAAGAAACCAUCAGGUCAAGGACCACCAAAGUCAACCCAGACUUCUACAAAAGCCUCCUCUACCAACCCCCCAACACAAAAACCUGCUGCAUAUCGUCCUCCACAUGCUAAGAAUGCAUCUGCUAUUCAGGCAGAGUUGUUUGGAGAGACUCCUGCAGAACCACUGAGCAAGAAUGCAUUACGAAACAAGAAAAAGAGGGAAAAACAGAAGGAGAAAAAGGCUUCUGAUGCCAGUUCUUCGUGAUGGAAUCAAUGUUCUUCCUAAUGCAUUCUAAAUUGCUUUUCGACUACUGCACUCGUGCACCUGAAAAUUUGAGGCUUCAGGUUUUGCUUUACUAGGUUUUAAUUGUAUUAUGUCCCUGGCAACCAACUUUGGGAAGUUUUGAUUUGCUCAGAUUUUGAGGUUGCUUGAAGUCGUGUUGUAGGUUUAUGCUUUCAGCUGGGAUAUAAAAGGUGGGAGAAGAUAAAUCUCUUUCUCAUGAUAAAAGAAGUAUUCAUUGUAAGAGAAGUGAAAUUAUACGUAGGUCACAAACAUUCUUUUGUUUCCGGUUGGGAUAUAAAAGGUGAGAGUAGAAGAUAAAUCUCUUUUCUCCUCCUGAUAAAAUAUGUAUUUGUUGUAAGAUAAAUGGAAUUAUAAGUAGGGUGCGCACACGCGUGUGUACGUACAUGCACAAGAUUAUGUAUAGACAAGACGUAAUUUCUAGUACAUACACACACGUGUGUACGUACACACGAGCACCAAAGUAUGUAUGGACAAGACAAAAGUAUGUAUGGACAAGACGUAAUUUCUAA